UACCUAUUGGAUCUAAGGAGGUACCUAUACUCUCCUACUCUUCCAACAAACCACGAUAAUUUUAAUUCUCUUACAAUACUUAUUUGUAAAAAUGGUCCUCGUGAAUCGAAUGAAGCAAUUCGAAGCCGCAUUCGGCUUGACGCUACCUAUCUCAUCUCCAAUCGUCCUACGUCUAGAUGGUCACUGCUUCUCGCGCCUUACGACCCAGACAUAUUUUCGGCGGCCCUUUGACCAACGCAUCCACGAUGCCAUGAUCGCUACUUGUUCUGACUUAUUACUGAACUUCUUCCCCGAUGCUACUGUCGCUUACACACAUUCUGACGAAAUCACGCUAGUGUUUCCGAGAGGUGAUAACCAAUUCUUUACCCAGCCGGUGCAGAAGCUCGCAUCUCUGGCUGCUGGUUAUUGUAGCGUGCGAUUCAACGCGCAUCUUAAAGCUGCAUUGGACCCAGAUCUCGGGGACCAACUUCAAGGUGGGGUCGAGCUCCUGUUUGGCACUGUCUACUUUGACGCCCAGGUUUUUACUGUGCCGAGCAUCGAGGAGGCUCUAAACUACUUGCUUUGGCGAUGCUCUGAUUAUGCAGUAACGAGCAGCAUCAAUGCGCUUGCGGGUACCUUAUUUAGCGAUAGCCAAAUACACAAUAAGACCCACGAAGAGCUAGUGGAGAUGAUGCGUCAGGAGAAGAACAUCGUCUACGAAGAAGUCGUACCAAGAUGGGCAGUCGAGGGAUGCCUUGUAAAGAGGGAGUUGUGUCACCAUGAACUCCCGGAUGCUCGGAUAGGCCAGACGGGGGAGACGCCGGCGAUGAGGACUCGCACGAGUACAGAAGAGAGAGGCCUCAGAGAGUUCAGUGCAGACAACCUCAAAUUAGUAACAGAGGGGUAUUGGAAUGACCUUGGCUCAUCUUCAGUUUCCAGGAGGGUAGUUCCUACUAUAACUGAUAACAGCUCUAUUGCCACUGCAAAUGCGACUAUAUUCGGUCCUAACGUCUACGUCUUCGAUCCGAGGAUGCCCGCAGCUAAAAUCCAGGACAAAGUAACAGCCAUCUUCAAGCAGAUGGAAGCUAAUGAGUUUGGUACGGAGAGAUAUGCUCUUCUUUUUAAGCCAGGAGUCUACAACAUACUAUUCGAUAUAGGCUUCUACACGCAGGUCGCUGGGCUCGGCCGGAAUCCGGAUGAUGUGUUGAUUGAAGGCGGCGCCAACGUGCCGGCCUACUGGAUGCCGAACCGUAACGCCACGUGUAACUUUUGGCGAGCAUUCGAGAAUUUUUCUAUCAACGCCUCGGCGGCCACUAAUAACACAACGACGAUUGCAGUGUCGCAAGCCGCGCCACUGCGACGCAUGCAUGUGCGAAGCUCGAACGGUCUCUGGUUAUUCCAGGUCGACCCGAGCACGGGAGCGGGAGGUUGGGCUUCCGGAGGGUUUAUGGCCGAUUCAGUGGUCGACUACCAGGUGCUUCCCGGCUCGCAGCAGCAAUGGCUAUCACGUAACAAUAGGUACGGUAGCUGGGCUAACGCCGUGUGGAAUAUGGUAUUCGUCGGUGACUCCAGUGCACCUAGCCAAGAUAACUUCCCAGAUUCCCCAUAUACUACCGUGGAUCGAACUCCUAUCAUGAGAGAGAAGCCUUUCCUUUACAUCACAGCUCAAGGUCAAUACGAAGUUUUCGUGCCUGCAUUACAGACCAAUACAAAAGGGCCUAGCUGGACGGAUGGGUCUUCAACGGCUGGCGUGUCUAUCCCUAUUGAUCGAUUCUAUAUUGCUCAGCCCUCUACAUCUAGUGCGGCAAGUAUCAACUCGGCCUUAGAUUCUGGGAAACACGUCAUCUUCGCACCGGGAAUCUAUAAACUUGACCACGCCCUGCGUGUCUCACGGGCGGACACCAUCAUCCUCGGGUUGGGUCUACCCUCACUUAUUCCAACAUGCGGCCAACCAGCUCUAACCGUUGCUGAUGUGAGCGGUGUGACGCUCGCGGGUCUCAUAAUUGAUGCGGGUGAGAUUAGUUCACCGACUCUCAUCGAAGUCGGACCGCCGAAUAGUUCGGCCGACCACGGGUCAAACCCGACGUUUCUCUACGACUUGACGAUACGGACCGCCGGCCACGCCAAGAACAAGGUCGGCAUCACCAUCAAUAGCCGCAAUGUAGUCGGCGACCAGCUUUGGCUUUGGCGCGCGGAUCACGGCGACGGUGCAGCCUGGGAUGCUAACCCUACGAACAACGGCGUGGUGGUUAACGGCGACAACGUGACGAUAUAUGGUUUGUUCAACGAGCAUCACAAGGAGUUUCAGACUGUCUGGAACGGAAACAAUGGCCGUCUCUACUUUUACCAGUCCGAAAUCCCUUACGAUCCCCCUAACCAGGAGUCAUGGAAGGGUAAAGACGGGAGGACCAACGGGUUCGCCUCGUAUAAGGUUGCCGACAGUGUGACGAACCACGAGGCUUGGGGGCUAGGCAUCUACUCGUACUUCCGGGACUCCCCUACGAAGCUGGAAAACGCCAUCGAAGUUCCGGAGGCCGAGGGCGUCAAAUUGCACCACAUGACUAUCGUGUGGUUAAACGGAGUGCCUGGUAGUGAGAUUACUCACAUCGUCAAUGGGAUUGGUGGCCGUGUCUAUGCGAACCAGCCAGAGUCUGCGAUGCGUCAAACCCUGAAUGAGUUUUCGGGCGGUAGCAAAUCAUAAUCUGCACUUGGGACUUCAACAUAUCUCCCGAUAUUUUCAUAUCUUUAUGGUGCAGAUCUAUCUAAUUAUCUACGCAACUAGGUUAGUUAAUACUUAUUGGUAAAACUUACACUAUGCUACAUAACUUAUUGACAGCUAGGAUCAUGGGAUAGGGUUUAUUCAAGGUUCAAUCGCAGCCAAGUAUUUCGUCAGCUUAGCUCUCAGUCACGUCAGUCUCGCACCAGUACAUAAUGAAU